GGUGAAGCGCAGCAUCAGCACCAGUAACUGAUGCGCGUCCCCGUCCCCGGCAGAGGCUACCCGAGAUCCCGGGAAGAGGAGUUGGAACUGCGCGAGUUAAAGUUGGGAAAAGGGGGGUGAAAGGAUGCUACCGUGCCCUGUGGAGAGGAGAACACAAUCUACGAUCUAAUUAACAGAGCAUGUGCGGAGACGCUUGUCCUCUGUAAAGGAUGAUUUGCAAAAUAUUGAGCAUAAGCCUUUUAUUUUGGGGUUUUCAAGAGUGCUCAUCACGUAAGUCUUGUGAAACAGUAAUGGUAAUUUCUGUCAGUGUCUUGUCAUUUCUUAGCCAAUUGCUGUCAGAUGAAUUAAAUAGCCUAAGCCUGUAUAUGCAGCAUAUUGAUAACAAUAUUGACAUAAAAAGGGGAUUCAUUGUAAAAAUGUGAAUCAAGAUAGAAGUGGCUAAAAGCUCUGGGCAAUAGGUGCAUCUUUGAAGGGCAGAACAUCUGAUUUAAAAUGACCAAUAAUCAUCAAAACAUUGUAUAAGGGUUCACGAUGGCUGUUAUAUUUUACACAGUUUCAUAUUCUAUAUAUUUUUGCGUUGAAUUCUGAGAUAAGUGAAGUGGCAUGGACUGAGGGCGCGCGGCGGUUACAGUCUCGCACGGGGCUUUCUGCAUUGCAGUGCUUUCUCGCGCCAGCGUGCAAGUUUCUGCAUCGCAUGGUUCAUUUCCCGGCCACCUCUCUAGCACUCUGUUACGGUCAUGUCAAAUAACCACUGUGUCGUAGAGAAUAUCCCAAACUGUAUGAUAAUGAUGGCUCUGAAAAUGUGGUUUCUUAUCUGUAAAAGCAGCAGGAAUUAAUAGAGCCGUGUCCUAACCUGCCUGCCGCGUGCGGGACCACCCCAAUGCAGUACUUUCGCAGAGUGUGUGCUCAUCACCUGUCCACGAGCCCAAUGUCUCCUUCAUCUAGGAACACGCAUGACGCGGCAAAAAUUCCUAAUAGGAAUUCCGUGAUCAAUGAUGUAUAUUGUUUUUUAAUUGUCGCUUUUGAUGUGGUUGUACAGGAGGGUAUAACAUGCAAGGUCAUAUGAAGAUGGAUUUGAGAUGCAUGUGGAGAAAAAACUUGGUGGUGUGUUUUUCCUUAAAUCAAUGUCGAGACGAUUACCUCAGCAAAUCUGAACUCCAUUGAUCAUGAAUGAAUUAAAGGCUGCAGCGUGACUCAUCACCAAGCUGUUUAAAAAAAAAAAAUAGAUAGGGUGGUGGGGAGGGAAAGGGAGGUAGGGUGUAGGGAGAGAGAGGGGGACGGUGGGCUAGGACCACCUGACACCAUGAUAUGUGAAUGUACCAUGUAAAGGUAUAAACUUUGUUAAUUCACUUCAUAUCACUGCAUACAGUACAGUAAACAGGGCAGGUAGUGUGUUUUUCUCUCUCUAGGCUAUAUUAGUGAUUACUAGUGAGUACUUAGUGCCCCAGUGCCCUCUUGGUGCUGUGGCGGUGUUAGCCUACUGUAAGAGGAUCACCCAGGCAGGCUAUCCUGGCUGCUGGACAGAUAGAGUGAUUAAGGUGGGAAUUAAAUAUCUGGGACAUUUGGGUGUGAUAUUGUGGUGAGUUGUACUGUAUGUCUAUGUCUGGUACAUUUGGUUGUAUAAAUACAUUGUGAACACUUGUUAUGGUCAUGUAGUGUGAAUUGUAUUUUUUUUUGUGGUGUCACAUGGAUUCCAUUUUGGGGAACUAGGUGGGGUUAUGGUAUCCAUGUGUGUGUUGGGGUAACCACACUGGUCAGUUUUUCUAGAUGUGUUUACACCAGUAGAGUAUUUAGCAUUUUGUUCUGUGGUCUAUUGUGUUACUACUGUAUGCCUUCAGUAUUGAGGGAAGUUGGUUGUAAGUACUGGCUAUUAGGGAUGCAGUAUCAAACUACUGUGUUUGGAAGCUGACUGCUUUACUGUGAUGGUGUCGUGGUGUUUUACUCCUGUGGUUUGGCCUGCCGGCCUGUGUAUCUGGGUGGUGGCAGGCAUAUGAAGCAGUGCCCACGACUCAGGCUGUGAGUCAGGCAGGCAGGCAGGCAGCCAAGCAUAUACUGUAAAUCUUUUGUAGAUGGGAUGUGAUGUACACAGUGUAACUGAGCCAGAUUAAAAUGGAGACUCCAUUCCUGGGACAUGCUCAUCUGGGGUGGGGCUAACACACAGCAUUGCUGGGGCACUCCUACUAUGCUACUGCCCUUGCAGCUGUGUGUGUGUGUGUGUGUGUGUGUGUGUGUCACAGGAGGUUGGUGGCACCUUAAUUGGAGAGAAUUGGCUUGUGGUAAUGACUGGAGCGGAAUCAGUGGAAUGGUAUCAAAUACAUCAAACACAUGGUUUCCAUUUUGAUGCCAUUCGAUUUGCUCCGUUCCAGCCAUUAUUAUGAGCUGUUCGUCCCUCAGCAGCCUCCUGUGGUGUGUGUAUGUGUUUAUUACUGUGAAAAUGUGUAUGUAUCUGUUUGUGUGUGUGUGUACUGAUGUGUGUUGUUCCGUCUUGGUGUGCAUCUCCAUUCCUCACAGAGACUAGUUGGGACAUGUGGUGUGUGUGUGUCUGUGUGUGUGUGUGUGUGUGUGAGUGAGUGUGAGUGAGGGGAAUUGAUACGGAGGAUAGAGGUGCACCAAUGUGGAAACUUUGUUCUGUUCUAUUCUUAGACAGAUGCGGGAUGCUGUGGGAUGAUGGUCCUGUAUAUGAGAUGGUUUGGGACUUUGAUGUCUUUCAUAUUUUGCUUACUUUUUACUUUCCCUCUGUCCUCCCUGUUGGCAGGCAGACUCUCCCCACUGUGAGGCCUGACUUUGGCUAUGAAUAAUUCACAGUCUGUACUCUAACACGCAACCUGCCUUCCACUCUGUGUGCCACACAAUCCCAAUACAAAAAAUUCAGGCAUUUAACAUUAGGAUUCGUGUCUCCAAACCAUAAAUGAAUGAGAGAUCCUAAAGCAAAGAUCCCUGAAAAGCCCAGAUAUUCAUCACACUGUACAUCGUUUAUCAUGGGCCACUGCAUGAUGUGUCCGGAGGAGGCUGUUUCAAUAUGCACAACAAUUGUGAUGUGUCAGCCCAGACAGCCCCAGCCCCAUGCAGCCUCUCCACCCCACAGUAACACUAGACUGAUGCGUCAGCAUCUCUGAUAGGCCGGCAGCAGCUCUUCACAGUUACAGCCAACUGAGCCAAGCCAUUCCCUUAAUGAUAGUUGGAUUGAGAGAACCCCUGGUGGUGGUUUAGAGACGGAGAGAGAGAGAGAGAGAGAGAGAGAGAGAGAGAGGAGAGAGGAGAGAAGAUAGUGACAGAUACAUAGCGAGGUCGCUAGAGCGACGAGAGAGACGCCCGCGGUGGCGCUGAGAAGGUGACGGUGACACUCGUCGAGACGCGAUAGCAGUGAGCGCUAGCAGAGUGGCUUCUUUCGCGCGAGCGCUGCGAUAGGACCUUGACGAGAAGCGGGGGUGAAUGUUCUCGACGCUCUGGGUACAUAUUUUAGUAACUGCGACACAGCGACGCCAACUCGAGAGGUAUUUGAGAUCAAAUGAGAGGAAGAGAGAGGGAUGGUGUAAGGUAAAGAGCUCCCUCAUGAUUUUUGGCUCAAGGAGUAGAGAGGAGAGAGGAGAGAGAUAAUGAGAGAUAGAGAUAGAGAUAGCGAGAUGAAGAGAUCACGAUGAGCUUGAGUUAGAAUAGAAGAGAAGGAGGCGAAAGAGAAGAGUGAUGGAGAUGUUCUAGUGAGAAGAGGUAGGGAGUUUUGCAGUCGGAUGGAUGGAAGAGCGAGAAGUCCUUCAUAGUGGCGUGGAAGGGAUCCUAUUGCUCUCUGCCUGUGGCGCUGGUUCUACAGUAUGUCUCUUAGUGGCAGCCUGGGUUAACCUACAGUAGUCCUAUUGCUCUCUGCCUUGAGUGGCAAGGCCUGGGUUAACCUCCAGUAGUCCUAUUUGCUCUCUGCCUUGAGUGGCAAGGCCUGGGUUAACCUACAGUAGUCCUAUUUGCUCUCUGCCUUGAGUGGCAAGGCCUGGGUUAACCUCCAGUAGUCCUAUUUGCUCUCUGCCUUGAGUGGCAAGGCCUGGGUUAACCUACAGUAGUCCUAUUUGCUCUCUGCCUUGAGUGGCAAGGCCUGGGUUAACCUACCGUAGUCCUAUUGGCUCUCUGCCUUUCUCUAUGCCUUUAAUACCUGUAGUUCUUCUCCACCCUCUACAACCCUCUAUACUGCUCACCAGGGAAAUUAACAAAAAUCUAUGUACCUUAAACUGGAAGUAAACUUGAACUUCUAUUAGUGUAGGGUUAUAGGCUUUGUUGUUGGAGUUAGCUGAAGAAUCAUUGACUUGACAAACAAACUAUAGGCAGCAGAGUAUUGUACUUCAUGACGUACUGCAGUAACAGUGUGUUCUCAGUCUGUAAUGUCUGCAGGAGAGGAUCACGGGACAUGGCCAGAAAGGUCACCCAGUCCAGACUCAGUUACCCAGACAGAGACACUAUACUAUAACACUCAAGGUCAAAGGCAGCACAUUUCUCUGGCUCAGCUGAUUUCUUUCCACCCGAAUGGACUUGUCCUUGGAUGACAGCGUUCACGGUCCCGUGACAGAUUGAGCUGUUGUGACGGUGGGAAAUGGAAUGGAAGGUGUUUAGGCUCAGAGUGGGUGGCAUAGUCUACUCCUGACUGUUAUGACAAGGACCUCUCUGCCUGACCAGUUCAAUGAUGCUGUCUCACAGACUGUGUACAGAGAGAAGGUUUUAUUCUUCAGCUGAGGUUAUCCCCUUACAGUUUUUAAUGUUUGAGCUCUUCCGCUCCGACGCUCCGACGCUCCAUUUAUUUUCUCCCUCUUCAAGAGCUGUUCUAAAAGAGUCUGCACCCUCACUCACCUCCCUCCAUCCCUCCAUCCCUUCCCUCCUCCCUCCCUCUGCAGCCUGAAUACUAACUAGUCUCCCUUUUUCUCGACCUCUCUCUGUCGCUCCCUGUCUCCCUCCCUCAUCAGUUUGAGCUCAGAGUAUACUGUAUUAAUAGAAGCUACAAUGGGGAAACUAGUUUUGUGUCAUGGAGAGGAUUACUCCAAGACAUGACGGUGGGGGGCGGAGCAUUGUUUUAGCCUCCCAGAUCUGUUUUCUACUGUGAGAUUUGUGUCUCUCUUUCUUUCCCCCCUUGUCGUUUUUUUCUCUCCAUCUUCUCAGCCUGUUUGUCCAUCUGUCUAUUCCUUUCCUACCUAUGUACAUGACUCUGAGCUGGGAGGAGGAGUAACAGACAUGUUAUGACAUUGCAGAAGAUAAGGCAGUGUUUUCUAGCGACCAUGGCGAGGACAUAGUGGGUUUAUCUGUGCCAAUGACAAGAUUAGGCAGAAUUAUAGUGAUUCCUAAUUGCUGAGGGUAUUUAUCGAGGAUGGGGGACGGCGGAUGAGACAGACGGUUGAUGAGACGAUGAGGGGACGCCUCUGAUUUAUUUUGCUGCUAUCUGUCCACUAGGCACCCGUAGAAUAACACCAGCUAUCACCCUGAGAGACAGACAGGGCCUCAGUUAGUAUCAUUAACUGCAUAGUAUAUCAUGCAAAACAGAUGCAUAUGAUUACACACACACACACACACACACACACACACACACACACACACACACACACACUCGAACUCUUCAUUUCCAAAUGUGUUUGCAAUGCUGAAAGCCCUCUGCAUAUUACAUUUAUUUCUUUAGCUCAAUAAAAAGGGGACGGGUGGAGGUUCUCUUCUUGAUAAUGAUCAUUCAUCUCACAGGCACAGUGGAAAUAAAAUACUUACUGGCUUCUGGUUUCAUGCCUGACUCAAUCCACCAUCCAUUACUGCUGAAAUAAAGAUAUUAGCUAGGUCUAUGUAUCUUUAUCUGGGAGGAGAUCUUAGGACCGAUGAUUCGAUUCAUCACUACAGCUCCACCUGUUUUUAAGGAGCCAUUUUAUACUGUAGCAUUACAGUUGACUGCACCAUGCACUGUGCAAAUGGAAGGUCAUAUUCUGGAAGGGUUAUUACUGCACACCACAGAGAGGCCUAAUUAGUCUGUGCUUUUAUUUUCAUGCCUCUGAAUGUAAUCAGACUUUUUGAAUGUUCCUAGCUUGUGCCCAACUACAGUACAGAUUAUGCAGUGCCUAAUUAGUUGCAAUCCAAAGUCUGUCCCUUAUCUGUGUGAGGAGAGGCUCCACUAGACAUGUUGGGGUUUGAUCAGCUGAAAUCCCUUAUGUUAUCAUGUGAUUUGAACAGUUUUGGAGAAUGAUGUAUUGUGUAGUCUGAGAAUUACUGUAAUCUCUGUGUUUAACCGCCUCUUCUCUCUCUCUCAUCUUUUGUUCUAGAUGAAUGUGUUGAUCCCUUGGUAUCUUCGCUCUAUGCCAACUCCUUCUUGGCCUCUUCCAGAUAUAACUUUUUGUACUCAGCCAACUUUGCCAAAUUGUAUGGUUAGUUUUCUUUUUCUUAACUACUUCAUUGAUGAAUUUGUUGUUUUAUGUAGACUAUUUUGUGUUGUGUAUGUGAUUGGAUGUUUUCUGUUGUGUAUAUCGCCUAUUAACUACAGUAUGUGUGUGUUCUGUGUGAUGAGAACUGUGUGUGUGUGUGUGUGUAUGCAUGGCCAGUGUGUGAAUAUUGCCUAUAUCUAUGUGUGUGUUUUGUGUGUAAUGAAGUCAGAGUGUGAGUUCUGGUUGAUGACGUGUGUGUGUGUGUUGCGUUCUUCCUCCAGGAAGCAGUGGCUGGUCCCCAUCCCCCCGGGACAGACAGCCCUGGCUGCAGAUCGACCUGAAGAGGAAGUACCGCAUCCAGGCCAUCGCCACUCAGGGCACCUUCAAUUCCUAUGACUGGGUCACCAAGUACACCCUUCUCUAUGGAGACCGCCCCGACUCCUGGACACCCUACGUCAUGAAAGGAGGAAACUCGGUAGGGGGGGGGGGGAUAGUUUACUCAAAUUAUUUGUUAUAUGUUCUCAGCUUGAAAGUUGUCUAUAGGCUAGGAGUGACUGGUCUGAAGAUGAUUGAAUUAGGACAUUUGAGUGAACUAUCCAUUUAGGUUGGGGACUGUCAGGUCAAAAAACAGUGAUUCUAGUGUAAUUCUUGGCACAGACUUCAAAUCAAUGUCUAUUCCACGUUGUUUCAACAUAAUUUCAUUGAAAUAACGUGGAAACAACGUUGAUUCAACCAGUGUGUGCCCAGUGGGUUGUUUGAUUUCAUGUUAAUUUAAGAAAUGUUCACCAUUAUUGCAUUAUCCCUCAGUGAGAGUGUCUGACAACACUAAUCUGCUUUCAUCUGUUCAUCUGCAGUAAUUUGGUGAGCCAGGCGACACUGCACUACAGUGACUGAAUUACUCUUCUUCUCUCUCUCUCUCUCUCUCUGCUCUUCACAGACGAUGCCUGGGAACUGGAACUACCACCAGGUGAAGAGGAAUGUGUUCCACUACGCCUUCACAGCCAAACACAUCCGCCUCCUGCCCCUGGGGUGGAACACAGAGAAUGGAGGCAAGAUCGGUGUCAGGCUGGAGGUGUUUGGCUGUGCUUACGGUAAGGACACCUUUCACCAUCAUUGUAACUAUAAUUUGCUGUAGGAGUCUUCUUCGAACUCUCAAGAUAGCUAGCGUAUAUGAAUGUCUGUCAAGAGAGACUACUGUAGGACAUUCAUCCCUAUACUUCAUUUUUAUUUAACCUUUAUUUAACUAGGCAAAUCAGUUAAGAACAAAUUCUUAUUUACAAUGACGGCCUACACCGGCCAAACCCGGACGACGCUGGGCCAACAGGGGGUCUGUAGUGACGCCUCAAGCACUGAGAUGCAGUGCCUUAGACCGCUGCGCCACACCUAUCCACCAACUGCUACUAACCUAAUGAAUCCCACUUGAUGAAGCACCACUCCACCAGUAAAUGCCAAAUCAAUACCACACUCAACAGUCAUACAACUAACACAGUUAACAGUCAGUAACUAACCUCAACAGUCAAUUGAGUCAACCCUCACAACUCAAUGGCUCCAACGUCAAACAGUAUCUAUCAAACAUAUAUCUACACCAUUUCACAGGAACACUUUUGAGCCUCUUAACUAUUUGAAUCUUCAUAGGACUACAAAUGUGCCAUUCAACCUCUAACAUAUAAACACUUUCCCCUUCUCUCUCGGCCAGAUUCUUACGUGAUGCAGAUGAACGGGGACGACUCGGUAGCCUACAUGUUUCCAGGGAAGAGGUUCCGAACCCUGCAGGACCAUUUUGCCGUGAACUUUAAGACCCUGGAGCAGGACGGGCUGCUGCUACACAGUGAGGGAGUCCAGGGAGACGUCUUGACCCUGGAGCUGAAGAAAGGACGCCUCGUCCUCACCAUCGGCCUAGGUAAGAUGUGUGGGGUAUGGCUGGGCAGAGACUCUAAACUGGUCAGAGUUCUCUAUGCCAUAGAGGGAGGACAGAUAAGAAGCAUUCUGACCAGUUGGUCUGUGAAGUAUCAAAUCAAAGGAAAUUAAAUCUGUUUAUUGUCAUAUACACAAGAUACGGGGUACAAUGAAAUGCCUAAUGGCAAGGAACAGGAAUAUUAAUGUUGUGGGGUGAUUAUACAAUCUGAUAGGCUGGGAUAUGGUUUAGGAAUUUAGUUUCCUAGAUUAGAUUUAAUUAUCUUUACUGGAUGAAAAACAGGGCGUGAAUAUCCCUGUCGAUCCUCCAUUACUGCUGAAAUAGACACUAGGCUUCUGUAUCUGUGAGGAGAACUCAGGUUGGUAUAGCCAUUACCUCAGCUCCACCUUCUCUAAAGGAAACAUUUAUAGAAAAAUGUAUAUACACGUAACUGUAAGUCGCUUUGGAGAAAAGCGUCUGCUAAAUGGCAUAUAGCUAUAGCUAGAACUUGUUUUGCAGAGCGAGCUUGACUAUUGGGUUAGUUUUACCCAGCAGUAAUCCCAUCAUCCUUUCAAAUUCUUAUGUCAUUCAUUUCCGUUCUCCUAUCAUAGGAAGCAGUACGGUCAACCAGGUGGACGGUCGGACCACAAUGACCGUUGGCAACAUACUCGAUGACCAGCACUGGCAUUACGUCACCAUCAAGCGCUUCGGUCGACAGGUCAAUUUCACAGUGGACGCCCACACAGAGACAGCCAUCUGCAAUGGAGAUUUCACCUACAUAGACCUGGACACUCAGGUUGGUCAUAGAACUAGACGCUAAGGUGUGUCUGGACAUGUUUGUUGUUGUUGAACAUUAUAAGGUAGUGGGCCUGGAGAGUUUGGAGUCAGGCUUGUGACAGUGCUCCAUAAGGACAGGAAUGAUGUGGUCAUUGAAGGGGUCAAUGGUCGUAGACAGAGAUCAGCCUACUAUUUACCUGGCGCCUGCUAGUCAUUCAGGGUGUACUUGGUUGAUAAACAGAUGAUCUAAACCUAAAAAUAAAUGUGUGGCCUUGAGUAUAAUAUUCCAUUCAUCAUAAGUGUCCAUUUAUCUAAUGUAUUCCUCUCCUGGUCCUCUCCUAGUUGUAUGUGGGGGGAGUGAUUGAGCCCAAUGUACCCCACCUCCCAGAGGUUCCUAACUUCCGUGGCUGCCUGGAGAAUGUCUUCAUCAACGGGAUCAACAUCAUCAACAUGGCCCAGGACCAGGAGCCUGAGAUACGCAUCCCUCGGCAGGUGCAGCUUCUCAUCAUACUUCACCUCUGCAUCGCGUACUCAUUUACCUACACACACAAUUUACCUGUGACCUACAGUGAUGUUGCUAAUCUUUCUUCAUAGUUUGUUGUAAAUACAAUAAUUAUUUCCUCAUACCUCAUGUUCUUUUUCUCAGAAAAAGAUGCACUACGCGUGCCGUGACAUUCUGUGGAAACCCAUGACCUUCGCCGGGCCCAACAACUACCUGCAGGUGCCUGGGUUCUUCAGGAAGCCUCGGAUGUUUGUCAAGUUUAAGUUCCGUUCCUGGGACUACACAGGCCUGCUGAUGUUCACACGCUUUGCUGACGACCUGGGAGCCUUGGAGCUGGGCCUGAGUGAGGGACAGGUCAAUGUCACACUCUUUCAGCCAGGCAAGAAGAAACUACAGUUCGCAGCAGGUGAGCCAAAAUGUGUAACUGAACUAACCCUGCCUCAUUAAUAAAUUCUUACCAUUCUACAAAUUAUAAAUAAUGUGCAGAACAUUUGAGAGGGUAGAAUAUUUUUGGCAAAUUAAUACUGUAUGAUCUUGCAAUGCCACAGAAAAAGGUAUAAACAAUAAUUUUGAUUCAUACUGAUUGCUGUUCGCUCAUUCUUGGAAUAUAAAGCUGUUCUAUGGUUUCUGUUUGUUCUUCUCUUCAGGUUACCGUUUGAAUGAUGGUUUCUGGCACACCGUAGACGUAGCAGCCAGGGACAACCUACUGUCCAUCACCAUAGAUGAGGAGGAGGGAUCUCCGCUAAAAAUCACCAACCCUUUCACUGUUCGCACAGGGGACCGCUACUUCUUUGGAGGUGAGCUGUUCACCACACCUGUUCUGGCUCUUCACUUCACUGUUCCCAACAUCAACAUACAUUACAACAGCAACCACUGGAGGUGAGCUGUUGACCAGACCUGGGCUGCUUCCCAAAUGGCACCCAAUUCCCGUUACAGUGCACAACUUUUGGUCUUAUAUUUUUAGUCAUUUAGCAGACGCGCUUAUCCAGAGCAUUUAGGGUUACGUGCCUUGCUCAAGGGCACAUCGGCAUAUUUUUCACCUAGUCAGCUCGGGGAUUUGAACCAGCGAACAUUCCGUUACUGGCCCAACACCAUCUUGAUGUUCUCACUAUCAAAAGAACCGCCCAAUAGGAACAUAUCUUCACACCUCCCUCUGUGCUUUGGUCCUCAGGGUGUCCGAAGACUAACAACACGAUCAGGAAGUGUGAGACCAAGCUGAACCACUUCCACGGCUGCAUGCAGCAGAUCUUUAUCGACAACGAGCCGGUGGACAUCGACAUCAUCCUGCAGCGACGCUGGGGACGCUAUGCUGAACUGUUGUUGGGCACCUGUGGCAUCACUGACAGGUAGGGGGCAUCACUGACAGAUAGAGAGGAGGGAGGGGGGCAUCACAGACAUGUACAAAGGAGGAGGUUGGCAGAGGGGCAGGGGCACAGAUUAAGAUACUAUGGUGAAAUGGUUUGUUUGCAACAGGCUAAACAGUAGUAGCACAAAGGCAAAGGUUACAUACAGUAUCCAUGAUGAAUCCAUGGGUAAAGUGAUUGGAUGUAUUCUAAACACUAUACUCUGCCUUGUAAUAUCAGUGGAGUACAGAGAUUGUGUUGGAAUGUUCCAUCCUGAUUCCCGAUGGACCAAUGUGACAGACAGAGUCAAGGCUCAUUGCUAUAGGGAUUAAUCAUUCUGAGGAUGCCUCUCAGCCCCCAUGGCAGACUGGUGACUUAUAACACUCAGACACCUCCAGGAGAUUGACUACCGGUUGAUGACAGGGGCUAUGCUCAGUUGAAUGCACCUGCCUGGACAGGGAGGAUUAUUUACACCAGAGUAGGAUCCAUGUUAUGGUAACAUAGGUAUAUGAUAUAAAGUGUUUUGAUGGUCACGCUUCCACAUGAAGCCUCUCUCACUGCCAAACGUUUGCAAGAUCAACAUUUUGGAAAAAUGUCAACGUAAGACCAUCACAUGUAACACUAAACUUCAGUCCAGUUUUCUACACUCACUCAUAUUGUCACGCCCUGGCUCUGGGGACUCUUAAAUGUUGAGCCAGGGUGUGGAUUUUCCUUGUUUAGUUUUCUAUGUUUUUCGUUCUAGUUCGUGUAUUUCUAUGUUGGCCAGGGUGGUUCCCAAUCAGAGACAGCUGUAGCUCGUUGUCUCUGAUUGGGGACCAUAUUUAGGCAGCCUGUUGGCAUGUUAUGUUGUGGGAUCUUGUUCUGGAAGGUUUGUGGUCAACCCAGGACUUCACGUAUCGUUUGUUUUGUUUCGUGUUGUGUACUGCAAUAAAAUAAUGUACACGUAUCACGCUGCGCCUUGGUCCGCUUCAUCUAACGACGAUGUUGACACAUAUCUCCUCCUCCACUUCUCCCCUCCUUUUAUAUUAAAUAGAUUUGGGAGGAGCGCCAUUUUCUCUACAAAAUCAUGUGCAAAGACCAUUGUGUACAAAACCAUUGUGUACUAGUAUGUCUUCUUAUCACAUGCUUAUAUCAGUAUGUUACAUAUUCAUCUACUUUAUGGAUUAUGAUACCUUCAUGGUGCCUUCUCUGUUUCACAAGGGUAUCAGCAUGACAAUGUAUGUGCAGUCAACCUUGGUGGUUCGGAGUCUUCCUGGUGUUUCAGGGUGUUUUCACACAUAGUUUUGAGCUAUAGUUCGAAUCAGAGUUCGAUUAUUUAUUACAUUGUAUUUUUUUCAUUUGGUCCUGUUGGUUUCACAUUGCCAAAUGUCAAACGAACUAAAAUUCCUAACCAAAACCAUGUGUCCAUGCAAGCCAUUUAUUUAUUGGACAAAAAUGCUCACGUUAAAUCCAUCUAUGAUUAUCAUCAAGCAUCACUUGUGUGCCCCAAUCUUCAUAUUAUUUUCGCUUUGGUCUUCCAACAACAUGCGGGAGGAAACAGAGCAAUAGCCGCUCUAACUAUAACGUCAAUAGCUAUAAUCAGAGUCCUAUAUCCCCUGUAUAGCCCCCGUCUCCCCUAGUCUGCAUCGAUUGCGCUCAUAAAUCCUCUGAUCUAAAGUUAUGAUGCUGUGUGUAUUUCAUGAAACGCUCGCAGUCAAACAACCAAUAAUACUGCGAGACUCUGGUUAUUUUCCUGUGUUUGGUCUGGACUGCGUUCUCACCUGCAGGAACCGCACCACGCUACGAAUUGAAUCAGACCAAGACCACCCUUUUUGAGCGAACCACGGUGCAUUGUUUAGUGCGCUCCCGAGUGAGGAUAGUGUUCACACCAGUCCAAACGAUCCAAACUAAGUUGAUAAACGCAACAGAGUUCAAUUUGGUGUGAAAGCCCCCUAAUGAGUUGUGCAGUAUUAUUUGUUAUUUGACUGCGAGCAUUUGAUGAAAUGCAUACAGCAUCAUAACUUGAUACAGUAUCUCUGAAACAUUCUGUGAGUAGGAGCGCAUUUAUGAGCGCAUCCGAUGAAGACUAGGGGAGACCGGGGCUAUACCGGGGAUAUAGGGGACUGAAUAUAGGCUAUUCAUGUCACAGUUAGAUCUGCUAUUGCGCUGUUUCCUCCCGCAUGUUCUUGGAAGACCAACGCUUAAGUAAUAUGAAGAUUGGGGCACACAGGUGAUGCUUGGUGAUAAUCAUAGAUGGAUUUAACGUGAGCAUUUUUGCCCAAUAAACAAAUGACUUGCAUGGACACGUGGUUUUGUAUAGGAAUUUCUGUUCGUUUGAUAUUUGGCAAUGUGAAACCAACCAGACCAAAUGAAACAAAUACAAUGUAACAAAUAAUCGAACUCUGAUUCGAACUAUAGCUCAAAACUAUGUGUGACCCUGAGAAUCAAUCUUGAGGGCCAUAUGUGUAAAUUAUAUGAAAGGCCUAUAAAGUAAUUUGUCUGUUGAUGCUAAGGGCUGAGGGGCUGCAGACAACGCCCACCCCAAUCAGAGCGGACCACAGCCCUUACAUUUUCCCUCAUUGUCACGGAUUCUGCCGAGGCUGCCCUUCCUCCUUGCUCGGGCAGGCUUCGGCGUUCGUCGUCACCGGAGUACUAGCUGCUGCCGAUCUAUGUUCUAUGUUUCUAUGAUCUACCUGUUGUUGUCUGAUUGUUUCACACCUGUUUCCCAUCUUGUAAUGACUCCGUCCCUAUUUAACCCUGUGGCUCCCAUUGUGCUCUGUGCGUGUUUGUUUAUUGUUUCGUGUGUUGUUGGUGAGCGGGUUUGUUCCUCCCUGCCUGGAGGUUUACUUGUUUCUUUACGUGUUCAGUAAAGUUACGUUUUCAUUUAGUUCUGUGUCCUGCGCCUGACUUCGUCUACCUCAUUACACUGACAUCGUGACACUUAUACAGUAAAUAAAGCCUGACAGAGGACUACAGAAAAAUGAGAGUGAUAGAGAGAUAUUGAGUGACCUAAUCCUCUCUCAAACCUCUCUUGUCUUUUCAUACUGUCUCUCACCCCCCAAAGAAUGUUUUCUUGUUACUGUAUAACAAGAAAACAUUGUUAUAUGGUCUAUGUCAUGGAAAGAGCAGGUGUUCUUAAUGUUUUGUGUACUCAUUGUAUAUGCCCUGUUUUACUUUUACCCACACUCCUGCAUGGUAUUUUCUCUAGAUGUACUCCAAACCCCUGUGAACACGAGGGCAGAUGUAUCCAGUCCUGGGAUGACUUCAUAUGUCUGUGUGAGAACACAGGCUACAAAGGGGAGGUGUGCCAUAUGUGUGAGUAUUGUCUGAGAGAGCCUACUGUUGUUUGCAAGUAUUAAUGUAACCUCACCAGUGUAACAACCAGUUUGUUGAGGCCUAUAUACUGCGGACCCAUGUCAUCAUCAAAACUUUGCUGGUGUAGAUUAAAACACUACUUCUGCCCCUCUCUUCCCCAACAGCUGUCUACAAAGAGUCUUGUGAGGCCUACAGACUCACUGGUAAAUCCUGGUCAGGCAAUUACACCAUAGACCCUGAUCUGAGCGGACCCUUGAAACCAUUUGAGGUGUACUGCAAGAUGAAAUGUGAGUAACUGACUUUUCAAAUGUAUUUUCUACAUUCAUAAAAUGUACUAGUAUACAAUUAUAUUAUCUGACCAACAUGACUCCAUGGUGCAUAUCGAACAAAAUGGUAGUCAGUGCUUACAGUACCUUUUACUCUUCCACAGCACAAGCAGAAAUGGGGUGUUAUUGAACAUAUUGAGGCAGACAUUAAACAGUGUUCAGGUUGAGGUGAAUGUUGACUAUGUUCCAUGAGGAAUGAAAAGGCAACAGCAGCAGGGGAGACAGCAGGGCCAUCUGUUGGAUGUUGAUCAUGUAAUAAUGAACUCCAACAAGGACAAUGGAGAACCAGUUUGGGGCUAGAUCAGUAAUUGGUUGUGGGGCCAGAGUAUUCUCCAUCCAAUCCUAUCCAAUUAACCAAAACCUAUUCAUGUAGGUUCCAUGUAAAUCCCUUAGAUUAGUCAGGGUCUACUGCAUUAGAGCUGUCUGUGAUAAUAUCAGAUCAUUGGACACGGCACAACAACAAAUUCCUCAGUAGUAGAUGUGCUUUGACGUUGUUUCUCUAGUUUUCUCUCUCUUUCUGUCUGCCUGUCUGUAACUUAAUCUCACUUUUUCACCUCACUUAUACAAUCAUACAUGUUUACCCUUAAUGUUAACCACUUCCUUGUCUGUUGACACAGCUGACAAGGCAUGGACGUUGGUGAUGCAUGACCGAAUCGACGGCAUCAAGGUGACCGGUAGCACGGUGGACCGUCCUUUCAUAGGAGACGUCAACUACUGGAACGCCUCCUGGGACGAGGUCACAGCACUGGCCAACACCUCCAUGUACUGUGAACAGUGGAUCGACUACUCCUGCUACAAGUCACGCAUCCUCAACACGCCCAGUGAGUAGGAGUGGUUAGGGCCUAUGGGCAAUGGUAGGUAUUGAAAGCACCAGAAUCUGUAACUAUUUGUGUGUGUGUGUGUGUAUGUGUGUAUAUAUAUAUAUCCUGUAGGUCUUGACCAGGUUUGCACACACUGCAGCAGGGAUUUUGGCCCACUCCUCCAUACAGACCUUCUCCAGAUCCUUCAGGUUUCGGGGCUGUCGAUGGGCAAUACGGACUUUCAGCUCCCUCCAAAGAUUUUCUAUUGGGUUCAGGUCUGGAGACUAGCUAGGCCACUCCAGGACCUUGAGAUGCUUCUUACGGAGCCACUCCUUAGUUGCCCUGGCUGUGUGUUUUGGGUCGUUGUCAUGCUGGAAGACCCAGCCACGACCCAUCUUCAAUGCUCUUACUGAGGGAAGGAGGUUGUUGGCCAAGAUCUCGCGAUACAUGGCCCUAUCCAUCCUCCCCUCAAUACGGUGCAGUCGUCCUGUCCCCUUUGCAGAAAAGCAUCCCUAAAUAAUGAUGUUUCCAUCUCCAUACUUCACGGUUGGGAUGGUGUUCUUGGGGUUGUACUCAUCCUUCUUCUUCCUCCAAACACGGAGAGUGGAGUUUAGACCAAAAAGCUCUGGAUCAUCCAGAUGGUCAUUGGCAAACUUCAGACGGGCCUGGACAUGCGCUGGCUUGAGCAGGGGGACCUUGCGUGCGCUGCAGGAUUUUAAUCCAUGACGGCGUAGUGUGUUACUAAUGGUUUUCUUUGAGACUGUGGUCCCAGCUCUCUUCAGGUCAUUGACCAGGUCCUGCCGUGUAGUUCUGGGCUGAUCCCUCACCUUCCUCAUGAUCAUUGAUGCCCCACAAGGUGAGAUCUUGCAUGGAGCCCCAGACCGAGGGUGAUUGACCGUCAUCUUGAACUUCUUCCAUUUUCUAAUAAUUGCGCCAACAGUUGUUGCCUUCUCACCAAGCUGCUUGCCUAUUGUCCUGUAGCCCAUCCCAGCCUUGUGCAGGUCUACAAUUUUAUCCCUGAUGUCCUUACACAGCUCUCUGGUCUUGGCCAUUGUGGAGAGGUUGGAGUCUGUUUGAUUGAGUGUGUGGACAGGUGUCUUUUAUACAGGUAACAAGUUCAAACUAAUUCAAUGAUUAAAUCAUAAUAAUCAUAUUCCUUUGCUCUAUUGUCAUGUCAUUCAGAUGGGAGACCGUACAGUUUCUGGAUUGGUCGAAAUAACGAGAGUCACGAGUACUGGGGCGGGGCUUUCCCUGAGAGUGGGAAGUGUGGCUGUGCUAUAAACCAGACCUGCACUGACGCCAGGUUUCACUGUAACUGUGACGCUGACUACCGCCAAUGGUGAGAGAGAAAGGAUUUGAAUGACACUUUUCUAUAACUUUUAGAAAAGUGUUUCCAUAGAUUGAUAUACAUUACUGUACAAAUGGAACCUGUUGUGCAGGUACUCGGACAAGGGCUAUCUGAUGUGGAAGGACCACCUCCCAGUGAGGAAGGUGGUGGUGGGGGACACCAACAGGACCGGGUCAGAGGCCCACUUCAGCCUCGGGCCCCUACGUUGCCAUGGCGACCGUGAGUUGAAGAACUACAUUACCCAGAUGGAUUGAUGAAGUAAAACCAUUCUGUGGUAUAUAAUUUGUCAAAUGAUUGUUUAUCAUGGUUCUGGUUUGGCCUCAUCUCAUGGCCUCUUUGUCCUCACAGGGAGCAUCUGGAACACCAUAUCGUUCACCAAGCCCACUUACAUCGAGUUCCCCACCUUCAGGCCAGGCAGCACCGUUGACAUCUCCUUUCACUUUAAAACCUACCGCCCCCACGGAGUCUUCCUGGAGAACUCAGACGACUGGCUCCGUAACUUCAUACGCAUUGAGCUCAACAGUAAAUUACCACCGAUUACCUAGUGUGAAUCAUAAGAAAUUACUCAUUAAAUAAAGUAUAGGCAUUUUAUAUAUUUAGCAGACGCUUUUAUACAAAGCGCCUUACAGUCAUGCGUGUAUACAUUUUACAUACGGGUGGCCCCAGUGGGAAUCGAAACCCACAACCUUUGGUGUGGUAAGCGCCAUGCUCUACCGACUGAUCCACAUAGGACAUAGGCAUGAAACAUAAUUUCCGAAUUACAAUUUUCUAAAUGUUUUGUUUCAAUGAACACAUUAUCAAUAUUUUCCAGUAUUUAUUUUCCUUUAUAUAUUUUCUCCCUCAUUCUGUUUUGUCUCUUCUUCAUCGUUCUCCCAGCCACCCAGAACCUCGUCUUCAUAUUCAUGGUGGGAGACGGCAUCCUCAAUGUGACGCUACGGUCACCGGUGCCUCUAAACGACAAUGAGUGGCACUUUGUCCAGGCAGAGCUCAACGUGAAGUUGGCCAGGAUCAAGGUGGACUACCAGCCAUGGGCUGUGAGACGCUUCCCUGGCCAGACCUUUGUCACCAUGAAGUUCACCCACCCUCUCCUCGUGGGUACGUCACCUGGCUGUUGGGGCUGGGGAGGACGGGGUGGUGGUCGACAAGGAUUUUUGGACUCCUCCUGGUUGAUGUAGUCCUAUGAGUUUCACCAGCAUGUUUUUUUUUUAUUCUUCUUAAUACAAAAUGCUAAAUUUUGCAAUGUGAUGAUUAACAUAGUGUUCCAAUGCACCCAGGCGCAGCCAAUCGCACGCUGUGGCCGUUCCUGGGCUGUCUCCGAGGGUUACGAAUGAACGGUGUAACCCUUGACUUGGAAGGGAAAGCGAAUGAAGAACAGGGUAUACGGCGGAACUGUACGGGCCAGUGUCUGAACGCGACCAUACCGUGUCGAAACGCUGCCCAGUGUAUCGAGGGCUACGCAGCCUACACCUGUGACUGCGGCAACACUGCCUUCGACGGAUUCUACUGCCACAAAGGUGAGCUCUACACAGGUUGGGUUACCUCAGUUUUGCAUGGAGCCCCAGAAUCACUAAGACUGCCCUAAGCAUGGUGGGUUACACUAACAAAAACCUAGAUUUGUUUUGACAGUGUUGGCGAUAACCACAAAGUUUCAUAAUAGAAAUAGGCAUUUAGCUCAACUUUGUCCUGUUUGUUCCCCCCUUAGACAUUGGGGCCUACUUUGAGAUAGGUUCGUGGUUGCGCUACAACAUCAGAAAGAAGCCUACGACCAAUGAGGAGUGGUGGGCUAACUGGCUGGAUCCCCACUACCACAACUUCAGCCUGGGCUACAACGACACCAGUGAUGAGAUAGAGUUCAGCUUCAGUACCUUCCAGACCCCGGCUGUACUACUCUACAUCAGCUCAUUUGUCCAGGACUACAUGGCUGUCAUCCUGAAGAAAGACGGUAGGAACGCUAGGCAGGGAGGAGCGCUUUAACAUAUGGGUUAUUAUGGUUAAGAUUCAAGGCAGAGAAUGUUCGGAUUGAACUGGCUUUUGAAUGAAGAUUUUACUGUAACUGAUUGAAGUUGGAGUACUGUAUGUUCCACAGGAGGCUGCUUAGGGGAGGACGGCUCAUAAUAAUGGCUGGAACGUAGCAAAUGGAAUGGCAUCAAACACCUGGAAACCAUGUUUGAUGUAUUUGAUACCAUUCCACUGAUUCCGCUCCAGCCAUUACCACGAGCCCGUCCUCCCCAAUUAAGAUGCCACCAACCUCCUGUGGUAUGUUCUUUAGUCAUCCCAUUUAUUUGAGUAGAAACACAAAGCAAGAUAGGACUUGGACAAAAGUACAUCACUGUACUUUACAAGCCAUAAUCCUCACAAUAGUUAAUGGAAAUAUAAUGUUAUAAUGCCUUACAUUAUGAACUGUGGAGUGUAUUGUUGCACCAUCCCUCCACAGGAACCUUAGACAUGAGGUAUAGGUUGGGGUUGAUUACCCACAAGUACCAGCUGUCCUUCAGGAACCUGGCAGAUGGAUACCCCCACUAUGUCAACAUAACCAGACACAACAGAACCAUCAGGACACAGGUACGCUGAUGCUCCACCUGAAUGUCUACACCUGUUAACACCACCUUCCUCCUUCACCACAGUUUAAAAGUAAAUCACAAAUCAGGAUUGUCUGGUACCACAUUACUUGGUUUUGUAUGUUGUGUUCAUAUGUGCAGUUUCAGUCGUUCAUUGAUUUGUUCCUGUUGACAUGUUUAUGGUUGUGUGUGAAUAUCAAUGUGUUUGUGUUGAUGUGUGUAACUCCUAGGUGGACUACAUGGAGCCGAUAGUGGAGAAGAUCACCCUAGUGGAAGAUGGCAGGUUUGACUCACCCAAGAACAUCUUCCUGGGGAGAGUGAUGGGUAAGAUUCAAUUUCACCCCCUAGCUGAAACAUUUCUGCUUUCAUCUUGAGAAUUGAUUUGGUCACACUUUAUUUGGAUAGUCCGGAUAAUCCAUCUGUAGGUGCUCUACAGAUGGUCAUACUAUCAACGAACUCUGUUGAUAAGCAACUGCUUGCUAAGGUUAUGGUUACGGUUAGGGUUAGAAUAAUGGUUAGGGUAAGAGUUAGGGUUAAGUUUAGAGUUAGGAUAAGGGUUAAGGUUAGGGUUAGUAGAUAGUUGAAAUGUUACUGAUAGUCUGUAGAGCAUCUACAGAUGGACUAUCCAUAUAAAGUGUUACCCAUGGGAGUAAGGCAUCAGUUGUCCCACUGUAAGUUUGGGAAUUAGUUAAGGUGGAUGUGCACAUUGUAACUCCUCUGUCCCUCUCUCUAACCCCCUCAGAGGUGGGUGACAUUGACUAUGAGAUCCAGAGGCAUAACAGUCCUGGUCUGGUGGGCUGUAUAUCUGGGGUGAGGUACAACAUCUACGCCCCUCUCAAGACCCUGUUCCGGCCCAACGAGACGGAACCGCCGGUCACCGUGCAGGGCUUCGUCUCCGAGUCUAACUGUGGGGCCUUCCGUCCUGUCCAUGGAUAUGUCCCCUGGGAGGCGGACCCCUGGUUCACUUCUAUAGGUGAGACUACAUAUCCCAGAAGCCAUCAGUAGAUCUACUUUACAUGGGACUACAUAUCCCAUCAGCCAACAUGACCCAGUGAUGAUAGUGUAAAUUCACCAUAAUAACAUAAUUUAUGUAUUUUUUCAUUUCAGAAUACAUCUAUAUCCAUGAUGACCUAGGCCUGUUUUGGUUGACAGGUAAGUCUUUACUGCUUAAGAUUCACAAUAAUGUGAAUAAUUAUACUUUGAUGAUUUUUGUGAAAUCUAUUAGUGUAAGUGUUCAUCCACCGUCUGCCAUCUGUGAGUCCUGACCUUAGUUUACCUCAAGAUUCAGAUUAAGCCUCCUCUCACUCUCUCCCUCUCUCUCUUCCUCUCGCUAUUUCACUGUCUCUCUCUCGCUCCCCUAUUGACACAGAUGGAGAUAGUUGAAAUUUUUAUUUUCCUAAAAUCCCCUAAUCCUAAAUUCUGAGGCCAUCAGAUUCCAGAAUAGGCUUUACGCCCUCCUUCCCCAAGCUAGAAGAAAAAAAUGACAUGUACCAGAACAAAUGCUGGAAUGUAAGAAGGAUAUUUUCUCGUGUCUGUUGAAUAUGAGAGGCGAAGGAAGCCCAGAAAUAGAAAGCAGCUCAGAGAGUCUGUACUCUAUCCCUGUCUGAGACCCUCACCGGAUCAACUAUAUUUAGAGCUGCCCUCCCUCCACUAUUCAUCACAGAUAUAUGCUUCAGCUUAAUGUACUGGAUAAAUCUGAUGUACAGAGGUGUUAUGGUAACGCAGAACAUCUGAGUUUGAUUUCUGAUGUCUGGGCCGGUCCUGCUGUCCCCUUGCCGACCUCGUCCGGUUAUUGGACAUAAUUUGAGAUGGAUGGCUCCCUCAUAACAAUAUGUGGCUGUAUAAGAAAUGAUAUCUCUUGUCUCUAAAGUGAAGUUAAGUGAGCAGUUAUCUUUUUGGCAGAGAACCAACUGAGUCAUAAUGAUAUUGAUUGAAAGGGAUAUUUGUGUCAUCCAUCGAGACACAGGUAUGUCUUUUCACGGUAACAAUUCCAACGUGAGUCAUAGAACCCUACUGUGAUGAACAAUGGAUUUUCUGCUGUUUGCUAAAUACAGUUUUUUUAACCACAUCUUGACUGUGUUUCUCCCUCUAGUUGUUGUCAUCGCGGCCGUGAUAUUGCUGUUCAUAGGUCUGUACAGCAUCUACAUCUAUCUGUACCGGUACAAGGGCAGCUACCACACCAACGAGCCCAAGAACUUCCUGGAGUCCCCUGGAGGCAGCAGCUCCAGACCCCUGACAGGGACCCUGGAGAAGAAGCGACUUCCAGAGAUAGAGGAAGACUUUCGGAGUGACUAGCCUCAGGCUGGGGAACGGUGGGAGGGGAG